UGUGUAUGUGUGUGUGAUGGGGAACGCAGAGAGCAUGGAGAGCCAGUUGGCUGUGAUCCGGUCCAGAGCUGCACCGAUUCGACUCCCGAUGCCCGACGCCGCCGAGCUGGAGGAGAGGUUCUCCAUCGCACUGAACUCGAUGAACCUGCCGCCUGAUAAGGUUCGUCUUCUGCGUUCCUAUGACAACGAGAAGAAGUGGGAGCUGAUCUGCGAUCAGGAGAGGUUUCAGGUGAAGAACCCUCCACACACCUACAUCCAGAAACUGAGAGGCUUCCUGGACCCUGGGGUGACACGCAAGAAGUUCAGAAGACGAGUACAGGAGUCGACUCAAAGUCUCAGAGAGCUCGAGAUUUCUCUUCGUACAAACCACAUUGGGUGGGUCAGAGAGUUCCUUAAUGAAGAGAACCGAGGUCUCGACGUUCUGGUCGAGUAUCUUUCCUUCGCUCAAUAUGCCGUCACGUUUGACGGAGAGCAGUCAGAUGCAGGCGGUGACGUCUCAUCUAUUGACUCACCCUGGAGUCGGUCCAUAGAGGAUCUCCAUGGCGACUGCAGCCUCCCCUCCCCGUCCUCCUCUGUCCCCCGGGCAGCUCGACACUCCAUCAGUUCCACACUGGUGACUCGCUCCAACACGCUGCCGAGUCGUCGAACUCUGAAGAACUCACGACUCGUCUGUAAGAAAGACGACGUUCAUGUUUGUAUCAUGUGUCUGAGAGCGAUCAUGAACUACCAGUAUGGCUUCAACAUGGUGAUGUCACAUCCUCACGCUGUCAACGAAAUCGCCCUGAGCCUUAACAACAGGAACCCGAGGACGAAGGCCCUGGUGCUGGAGUUGUUAGCUGCCGUGUGUUUGGUCAGAGGAGGUCACGAGAUCAUCCUGUCAGCCUUCGACAACUUUAAGACUGUAUGUUCAGAGUCAAUGCGAUUUGAGAAAUUAAUGGAACAUUUUAAGAAUGAAGACGACAACAUCGACUUCCUGGUAGCCUGUAUGCAGUUCAUUAACAUCGUGGUUCACUCGGUGGAGGACAUGAACUUCAGAGUCCAUCUUCAGUAUGACUUCACCAAACUGAACCUGGACGAGCACCUGGAGAGGCUGAAGCACACAGAGAGCGACAGGCUGCAGGUUCAGAUUCAGGCGUAUCUGGACAACGUGUUUGACGUGGGGACGCUGCUGGAGGACGCCGAGACCAAAACUGCUGCUCUGGAAAGAGUGGAGGAGCUGGAGGAGAACCUGGGCACGAUGUCAGAGCGUCUUCUGGACGUGGAGAAUGAAGCGAUGCUGAAAAUCGUUGAACUGGAGAAACAACUGAUGCAAACCAACAAGGAGCUGGAUCAAGUCCGGGACGUGUACGCCAACGCCAACUCUCAGGUGCACACGCUGCGGCGGAUGGUUCGAGAGAAGGACCAGACUAUCCGCCGUCAGAGUCGUCUGGAGCGUCAGACUCAGGAGGCGCAGCAGGCGGGAGGACCGGGGGGACCGGGGGGACCUGGAGCUCCUCAACCCCAGAGAGGAGAGGGGGAUGGGGGGGUGGCUGACUCCACCUCCCCUUCACCUCCACCCUGCCACAACCUGUCCCCCAGCCCUGAGACCAUAGCCUAUCACAGCCUGGGGCCAGGGAUGCUGGCCCCACCCCCUCCCCCUCCUCCUCCACCACCAAUGCCAGGCACAGUAUCCAACGGCCUGUGUCCUACACCACCGCCCCCCCCUCCUCCCCCUCCCCCACCCUGUCGAACCAGCGAGCUCUCCUCCGUCCCGAUGCCCCCCCCUCCUCCGCCCGUGGCCCCCCCUCUCCCGGGGUCGGGGGGGUCACCGACAGUCAUCUUUAACUCCGGACUGGCAGAGGGUCCGCUCAAGUUAUUUUCGGUAAAGAUUAAGAAGCCGAUCCAGACCAAGUUCCGGCUGCCCGUGUUGAACUGGGUCGCUCUGAAGCCCAGUCAGAUCAACGGAACCGUCUUCAACGACGUCGAUGACGAGUCCAUCCUGCAGGACCUGGAUGUCGAGGGGUUCGAGGAGCUGUUUAAGACGAAGGCUCAGGGUCCGGCGGUCGACUUGACUCUGUCCCGACAGAAACUUCCUCAGAAAGCUCCAUCUAAAGUUUCUCUUCUUGAGGCCAACAGAUCCAAAAACCUGGCCAUCACUCUGAGGAAGGCCGGCCAAGGGUCAGAGGUCAUCUGCCGGGCCAUUCACACGUUCGACCUGCGGACGGUGCGAGUGGACUUUGUGGAGUGUCUGAUGCGUUUCCUGCCGACGGAGGCCGAGGUGAAGAUGCUGCGACAAUAUGAGAGAGACAGAAAACCUCUGGAGGCUUUGAGCGAUGAAGACCGAUUCAUGAUGCAGUUCAGUCGCAUCGAGAGACUCAGUCAGCGCAUGUCCAUCAUGACGUUCAUGGGCAACUUCACUGACAACGUCCAGAUGUUAACUCCGCAACUCCACGCCAUCAUCGCUGCUUCAGUUUCCAUAAAGUCGUCUCAGAAGCUGAAGAAGAUCCUGGAGAUCAUCUUGGCUCUGGGAAACUACAUGAACAGUAGUAAGAGAGGAGCAGUGUAUGGAUUCAAACUACAGAGUUUAGACCUGCUACUGGAUACGAAGUCGACCGACAGGAAACAGACGUUGCUUCAUUACAUCGCCAACGUGGUGAGAGAGAAAUAUUCUGCAGUGUCUCUGUUUUUUAACGAGCUUCACUACGUCGACAAGGCUGCUGCAGUGAGUCUGGAGAACGUGCUGUGUGAUGUGAAGGAGCUGCAGCGUGGGAUGGAACUCACCUGGAGAGAGUUCAGUGUUCAGCACAACGCAACACUCAAAGACUUCAUCAGCAGACACGAGUCACGACUCAGCAAACUGCAGGAGGACGCUCGCAUUGCACAGGACGCAUUUGAAGAUGCAGUCAAGUUUUUCGGAGAGAGCUCUAAGACGAUGCCGCCGUCCGUCUUCUUCCCCAUCUUUGUUCGCUUCAUUAAAGCGUAUAGGUUGGCGGAGGAGGAGAAUGACCAUAGGAGGCGUCAGGAGCAGAUGUUGUUGGAAAAACUGGAGCAGGAGGAACAACAACAACAACAACAACAACAACAGGAAGAGACGAAGUCUCCUUCCCACAGGGGGAAGAGGCAGCAGCAGGAGCUGAUCACGGAGCUGAGACGACGACAGGGAAAAGACAGCCGCCAUGUUUAUGAGGGGAAGGACGGAGCACUGGAAGACAUCAUCACAGCUCUAAAGACCGUCCCAUUUACGGCUCGAUCGGCCAAACGCAGCUCUCGUUUUUUCUGUGACCCCGCCCACACGGAGGAGCACUACUGAGAGAGAUGGCCACGCCCACUUACAAUCCACGGGACCAAUUAGCACUUUGAACAUUUGUGAACUGAUGACAUAACAACUUGUCAGUUUCUGCACAGACUAGGUGCCCAGACACCACCUGACCUCUGACCUCUGACCUGAUAACUACUCAAAUUAGCUUGAGUCUGAACAAGUUCUUCUGACGAACAUCAUGUGAUCCACCAAGGCUCCUGACAAUGGGUCAAAGGUCGUCAACGAAUGAUUGACAGACACUGGAAAAAGGGUCGAGGAGGAGGAGCUGUAGGUUCUGACCACAGGUGGCGCUGAAGAGCAGAGCAGUGUGGAGCUGAAACAAUCAGGACUAUGAAUCGGGUCACAUGGUUAGUGAGGAAAGAUUGAGGGGUCACAGCACCCCCUAGAUUAAAAUGUCGGUCAGUAGGUCAGAGGUUGUUGUAGGUUCCUUCAGUCUGUGUCUUGUACAGGGUUCUAUCCUUUCACCACAUUGUGUUCUACUGUGACUCAUCGCCCUAAAACCCGCCCCUUCUUCCUGCUGUUAGCCUGUUAGCUAGCACCAUGUGUGACACAGGAACUCAGAGCUUCUUGUUCUAAAUGUGAAACCGGUUCAGCUGCGAGCCCCAGUGUGAAACAUCGCUCUACAGAGGGCGCUACAGUAGACCACUGACACCACACUGACACCACACUGACACGACCCUGACACCACACUGACACGACCCUGACGCCACACUGACACGACCCUGACGCCACACUGACACGACCCUGACGCCACACUGACACGACCCUGGCGCCACACUGACGCCACACUGACACGACCCUGACGCCACACUGACACGACCCUGACGCCACACUGACACGACCCUGGCGCCACACUGACGCCACACUGACACGACCCUGACGCCACACUGACACGACCCUGACGCCACACUGACACGACCCUGACGCCACACUGACACGACCCUGACGCCACACUGACAUCACAGCCCAGUCGUCAAUCAAGUCAAACAUGUUGUUCUCGACGGGUUUAACUGGACACACCUGGACAGACCAACAGAGGCAGUAUUGAGCUACAGACGGACUGAUGCUCACACUGAGAAAUAGAAACAUACAGGGCACGUCUCACCUGUCAUCUCCUGGUGUCCUUGUUGGUCUACCGAGUCCCCCCCCCCCCCCCUCCUCCCAAAUGUGACUUAUUCCUGACCUAUGACCUUCAUUUCAAGUUAAAAUGAGACAAACAGCACAAAGUUUUUCUACAUGAAUAAACAUUUUUUAGAAAGUUGUGUAGCUCGUAAUGUUCAGUGUUUGUUGGUGUGUAAAUAAAACGCACCCUGUCACAUGA